AUGCCUCAGAUGCCAUCUAUUCUCCCUACAGCCCCGCGCGUGGCCUACUACAGCCCCCGGCAGAUGCCGACCACCAGCGACUACUAUGGGAGUUUGACCACUACCGCAGGCCCCAUGGCCACGUCCUUGGCAACAGCACCUUAUGAGCCCUAUGCCCACCGCGCGUCCUCGGGCGCAUGGAACCCGACCGACGACCAGACCCUCCUGGGAGCCCGUGCCGGCGGCCAGAACUGGGCCCAGAUCCAGCAGAACUACUUCCCGUCUAAGACGCCCAACGCAUGCCGCAAGCGCCACGAGCGCCUGAUGGAGCGUAAGGGGGCCGACGACUGGGACAACAGGAAGUUGGAGAUCAUGGCCAAGGAGUACAUGGCUCUGCGCAAGGAGAUUUGGGCCCCACUGGCCCAGAGGACCGGUGAGAAGUGGAACGUUGUUGAGCAGAAGUGCAUGGCAAAUGGUCUGAAGAACCUUCAGGGCCACGCCCGCGCCGCCGCCCGCCGGGAGCGCAUGGAACAGGGCCUCCCACCAACGGACCACUACAACGACGACAGCGGAAUCAGCAUGGACCUGACGCCCGUCGACGAGUUCGGCCCUGAGGAUCCCUACGGCUCGCCCGACCGCCGAUCCACCUCGGUCGGCUCUCAGUCCUACCCUACACACUCCUAUGGUCUGCACCCUCAGGGAUACCCUUCACACGGCGGCCACAGCUACUCGAGCAGCGUGAGCAGCUCCACGGCAGGGUACGGACAUGACGGCCAGGCCCACAGCCAGUCCUCCAGCCCAUACAUGGAGCCUGUGCCGCGGAUGGCCAAUGUGGAUAUGGGGAUCGACUCCAUCAUAAAUCGCCCUGGCGUCUAG